AGCAUGAUCGUGGACAUCAGGACAGCAAAACAUAAAUUCCUUUCAAUCACACUGAAGGAAAUGAAUGGCAGUGUUAGCUCCAACCAUCUAACAGACAAUUCAAACACAGCAGAAUAGACAGAUACAGUUCUUUCCCCCGCCUCCAUACCUGAAUACAACCUGGAAAAAAAUCUCAUGUACAUCGGGCUCUCCGUUAGUCCUAGAUCCUGGGUCCGUCUCCGCAGCACUGUCUCCCCCCUCUGAGCUGUUUCUCUGUUGUUAGAGCCAUCAUGGAAACUAGGCUGCUCACGUCAUCACUAAGGGCCAAAACACCGAUCGCGAGCGGCGGUGGCGGCGAUGCGCGCGACCACACAGAGGAACGUUGAGAGUUAUUAACAUUAGCCGCAGUGAUUAAAUGAUAUAAACUCGACGUUUUUACCCAAAUGUGUGAGUCUUUCAGUGUGUUUUAGGUCUUUUCUCUCAGAGAGGACGCACACACACAUAUGCGCAGAGGACCAGACUGUAGUUUCUUUUUUUAACGUAUUUAAAGCCACACAGUUGAAGCCGUUAGCGCUACCUAGCUUCAACUAUCCGUCUCGCGCUCUCCGAAACUUUCGCAAAGUCGGUUUCCGUCGUCGGAGGAAUCGCGACAACCUUGUAACACGUUGUUCCCAUCGACACAGGGAAGUGGAACUUACCGCAAAACUUCCCCGGAUGAGUGGACCCUGCUGAAAGGCCGCCGGACCAACGCGCGCUCCCCCCGUGUGUGUGCUAACGAGGCUAAAGUCACAGAGUGAAGCUAACGGUUCUCUUUAUUCUUCGAGAGCGAUAUGUUUGGUUCUUCGAGAUCGGGAGGAGUCCGAGGAGGGCAGGACCAGUUCAACUGGGAUGACGUGAAGGUCGAUAAACACAGAGAAAACUAUCUCGGUAAGUCUCAAAAACAGGCAGCCAAAGUCCGCUAUCACCACCGAGCAGACACACACGCAGCUAACCUACACGGAGUAGCGUAAAGCGUCUAAAAUCAUAGAUGACCUACACACUGUUGCAUCGGUACUUUUGUUGCUGUUUUGUCAUACCUGUUGUUGUGCAGUCCCUCAUUACACAGAGUCCAGUCGGUGGGUUUUUAGUCCAGUUUUUCCUCUCUACAUGCAGCAGGUCCCCGUUUUUAUCGCUCCUGCACACGUAGCCUCUCUGCUAUCUGAGCUCACUGUGUUGUCAGCAUGCCAGGCAGACCCACGACACACACCAGCACAGCUGUGACACAAAAGCAUACAUGUUCUGUCACUUUUACAAGUUUGGGAACAUGUUAAAUCAAAUUACUAAUAUUUAUUACGUUUAAAGGCUUGUUGGUGACACAUACAACGCUAAUUUGCUAGCAGUAGUUGUUUUUGAUUUCAUUUGUUUUCCUUGAAUGCUUUUGUUAUAUUAGGUCUAUCUGAUAUGAUUUAGGAAUUACAAUUAAAAUCCAUUUGUUUUAUCACUUUUACUAUGUUAGUUUGCAUGUGUUCUUGUAGACCAUUGCUUGAAUUGUAUAGAUUUCUCCCUGACAUGUGUCUGUCAAAGCACUUUUGUAUUAAUAAUGACUUUAUUUCUAUAGCACUUUUAAAAACAGAAGUUUACAAAGUGCUUUGACAUAUAAUCCUAAAGCACGUGGAAAAGGACAGAUAAAAACUAAAAGCUCAGUUAAAAUGGAAUUAAAGGCCAUUUUCAUGUCAUAAAGAACCCAGAGAACACAAGAACCAUGCAACAUGAGACCAUGAGGACCAAAAUAAAAACAUAGAAUAGUUAAGAAAAAAGAAAAUGCAAUAAAAAGGGAGGUCGAAAGUGGGAACAGGAUAGUUAAUAUAAAAGGCAAUAUAAACAAUGAUAAUAAAAUAAUAACAGGAAAUACUGAUAAUAAUAGUAAUAAUAAAAUGGAGCAACCAAAAUGAGCAAGAGAUAAAACAAUAAAGGGCCUAAAAGGUUAAUUUAAAAAAAACCGAAAACAGUCAAAGAUGACUGACUCUUUGAGUGGUCAAAGAGAUAAGAGAUGACAGAUAAAAGAGAAAAGACGUCAUCACAUAAAAGCAAGUCUGUAAGUCUGUAAACAUGUUUUUGAAUGUUCAAUACUAUGAUUAGUAUCAGUAUUAGUAUUAGUAUUAGUUCUACUAGUAAUACUGCAUUUCACCUAUAUAAUUGUUAUAUAUUUUUACAACCUCUCUUAAUUCUUUGUUUUACAGGGAACUCUUUGAUGGCACCAGUAGGACGAUGGCAAAAAGGCAAAGAUCUGUCAUGGUAUUCAAGAGACAAAAAAGGUGCUGCAGCUUUGUCUAGAGAGGAUGAACUUGCUGCUGUCAAGGCUGCAGAGCAGGAGGCACUGAUGGCUGCCCUGUAUGUAAAAUGCUCUUUUUAUAAUGAAUUGUUGACAUAGCCAUCUGUGGGCCAACUGAUGUGACUGAGUUUUCUUCUCUUUUGUCAAUCUAGAGGGCACAAGAAUAUAAAGAGGCAACCAACUGGCUUGACCAAAGAGGUGCGUCACUCUGGUUUCCUUUUCAGCGGAUGCAUCAGUUAAAUAAUUGUUCUCGAUUAACCAGGUUUAACAAUCAGUAUGUUCAAAUUGUGAUUCCAGGACCUUGCAGAUGUUUACAGGAGAGAAGAGGCUGAUGGUGAAGAGAGGAAUGUUGACCGUGUCUCAGGCUUAGGGAGCUCCAGGUACUUUUUUUUCCCCCUUAGAACAUUUUUAAAUUUCGGGAUUAAACUACAUACUAAAAAAAUAAGUCAGUUAAAAUGAAAAAAAAUAACACUUUUUUUCCUGAAUGUUUGUUGUCACAUAACGAAAACAUAAUUUUAUUAAAAAUUUUGGCUCGGAUUUUGUUUGUAAGAUUACCUGCUAAUUGGUUGCGUUAAUUGUCAAAAGUAGUGUUCUGUUUAUGGUGUUCCUCUUGAGAUAAACAUGAAGGAAAGGAGCUGUUUGUCAAAUACUCUAAUGGUUAAGUGUUGCUGUUGCUGAUUAAGUGUUGCCACUCACAGCGUAGGGUCAAGGAAAAUGAUGCUCUCUCAAAAGGAGAAGGAAGCUGCGAAGAUGGGCUUGCCUGUUUUUACAGUAAGUCUUUUUUCCUUUUGGUCCAAAAUUUACGAUCUCAAGAUGCAGAUGUUUAUGAUACAAGUUUGACAGACAAAAACAGGCCUUAAAACAGCUUUUGCGGAAAGCAGUCUGACCAAUACAGUGAGGAGAUCAUCACUUUUGUUGUAUGAUAUGGUGCAAAGAUUAAAUCUAUGCUUCCUUGACAGCACCAGAAAACAGAGCACUGUCAAGAAACUUCAACAACAAGAACAUCUCAGAGUGCAGAAAAAGAGGAAAAGGAACAGCGGUGAGUCUGGGGGAAAAACAUACUAAACACCCACAGUACUUGAUGUUUCACCAAAACUCUGUUUCACGUUUCCUUUUCUUAACAAUGAUGUCUUUUUGUAGACAUGACAGCAAAAAGAAAAAGAAAGAAAAAAAGAGCAAAAAGGAGAAAAAGAAGAAGGAAAAAAAGAAGAAAAGGCAAAGAAGAGACUCUUCCUCCUCGGAGUCAGAUGACAACAGAAAGAGGUUGGUUGUUGAUCUUUUGGUGAUUGGCUUGGGAUGGAGAGUAUAAAAUACACACACAAAAGUAACUCUUAAGAAUAACAAUGACAUUAGGUCACAUUAGGACACUUCUAAACAAAUCUUAACCCCACAUCUAUAAUGUACUGAUUACUGUGACUGCUGUGAUCUAUUCAUAAAUUCACUAACUCCUACCAUAGUGUGGCUCUUCUCAGUGUUAGAUUGGAUUGAUAUAUCAAACUGUAUUUCACUGGAACUGAGCACCUGUACAUAUCACACUGUAUUUCACUGUGAUAGAUGGCAAAGCUUUUCCUCUGUCAGCACUAGAGGGCGCUGAGACACUUUGAGGAGGUGGCCUCUAGCAGGCAGCCUCUUUGUUUAAAGAUCUUGCCAAAACGUCUCAUAAAUCACUUCAGCUGGAUGCUGGGAGGGAUUACAAAAAAGAAAUGAUUUAUGAUUGUGUUCAUAAAUAAAAUUAAACCUUGAAAGUAAUGUGUGAUAAAUGUACAGAAACAUACAGGAAUUUCACACAUCCACUGACGAUUGUCAAGUCUUUAGGAAUGUAAAAAUAAAACUCAUCUUGUCGCUCUUUCUGCUGCCCCAUUAUUUUGCCUGAUUGACUCUAACCCAUUCAUGUACUCUUGGUUUCCUUUUUUCUUCAGGCAGAGAAAGGACCACCAUCAUCAUAAUCCAUCAUACCAUAGUCAGAGUGGAGCCAGACCCCAUGACAGCCAUUCAAGGGGGGGAGCAAAGGCCGAGCGACAGCCCACCUACCCCCAUCAUCGACAGCAGAGGCAUGACACAGACUCCUCUGACGGGGGGUCUCCUGUCCCCCGUUACCCUGUCAGCCACAAGACGGCCCCUGCUGGUGCCGCACAAAGCCACAGGCGGCGCCACGACACAGACUCGGACGACUAAUGUCCUUCCCACCCCCUCAAUUCAAAGACGCUUAACACGGACAGAACGCUCCACAGCAGCUUGGCUGGCCCUGAAGACCUCAUUUACCCUAAAUGAUGAAACACACUGGAUGGAGACAGGUGGAUACUCUCAGACUCAUCCUUUCACUUCCUCACUAAACAGAGUGAUCUGUUAGUCUCAGGACACUGGUGUCUUCGGUGUUAUUUUAAUUUUGUUUGACAAAUUGGUGAAGCACAUGUUGUGUGAUUAAACCACUGAGUAUCACA